AUGUCAUUGAAGGUGCAGACGAGCAACAUCACAAACAAGAAUGACCCCAAGUCCAUCAACUCCAGAGUCUUCAUUGGCAAUCUCAACACAGCUGUGGUCAAGAAGUCAGAUGUGGAGACCAUUUUCUCCAAGUAUGGCCGAGUGGUGGGCUGCUCCGUUCACAAGGGCUACGCCUUCGUACAGUACUCCAACGAGAGGCACGCACGUGCUGCUGUCCUGGGCGAGAACGGGCGUGUGCUUGCUGGCCAGACGCUGGAUAUCAACAUGGCCGGGGAACCUAAACCCAACAGACCUAAAGGGCUGAAGAGAGCAGCCUCCGCGUUGUACAGCGGCUACGACUUCGACUAUGACUAUUACAGAGACGACUUCUACGACAGGCUCUUCGAGUACCGGGGCCGAGUCUCUCCAGUGCCCAGGGUGGUUCCUGUGAAGCGGCCGCGGGUCACCAUCCCCCUCGUCCGGCGCGUGAAGGCAACGCUCCCCGUCAAGCUCUUUGCCAGAUCGGCCGCCAUCGCCAACAGCUCGGCCAAGUUGAAGCUGAAGUGCAGCGAGCUGCAAACAAUCAAAACGGAGCUGACACAGAUCAAAUCCAACAUUGAUGCUCUCCUGGGCCGACUGGAGCAGAUCGCUGAAGAACAGAAGCUGUCUGCAGAGGUACGGAAGAAGGCGGAGAGCAGCAAAAGCGAACUCUCGCAGGAGGACACGGCAUCAGAGGCAGAGGUCAACACAGAGGAGCCGCUGAACGGGGACGAGGGUGAGGAAGAGGGUCUCGCACGGGAUGAGUGUGAAGAUGAACUGGAGAACAGCCAUUACACAGAUGUGGAGGAUGCCAGACUACAGUAA